UGAAAUCACAGUUUAACGUUACAAUGUUAUGUUGUCGUUGGUUAAGUUAAAAUGACAUUACGUCAUUUUAGUAACGCAUGUAUUAUGUUGGGGUGAUUUCUAACGGAAAAGUGCACGUAUGUUAGAACUUUUAGAUAUGUCUUCGAGCGAUGCGGCACCGAAGUUAUUCGAAUUUUAUUCAAUUAUAUGUGAUCAUGGAAAUCUGCUGAAUUAUUUCAGAAAUGUACAGCUUUUAAAAAACACAAGGAAAUGCAAAGAUUGUUUGAAGGAAAUGAAAUUAUCAAAACGUUCCAGCAAAAUUGACAAAGAAGAAUGGAAAUGUGAUACAUGCCUGAGUGUGGAGUCUAUAAGGCAGAAUUCAAUGUUUGAGAGAUCAAAGCUGCCAUUAAGAAAACAGUUGGAAAUUUUGUAUUUCUUCGGAAUUGAUAUGCAAAUAUAUGAAGUGGAAAAAUUCACAGAUAUCAGUCAUGGAACUAUUAUUGAGUGGUAUAAGUAUUUGAGAGGAUUAUGCAGAGAAUUUCUCAAACGGGAUCCUAUUAUGCUCGGAACUACUGAAGGAAGUAUUGUGGAAAUAGAUGAGAGUUUGUUUGGGAAAAAGAGAAAGUACAACUGUGGAAUCGGGAAGCAGGACACAUGGGUAUUUGGAAUGAAAGAAAAGGGCACGAGAAGAGUUCAGUUCCAAAUAGUGGAGAAAAGAAAUAAACAAACAUUAAUUCCGAUAAAGUCUUCUGUUGAAAGAGGAUGUACGAUUUAUUCAGACUGCUGGAAGUCGUAUAGCACAUUGAACGAAGAGGGGUUCGAUCACUUCACUGUUAAUCACAGUGAGAACUUUAAAGCUCCGGAUGGAACUUGCAGAAAUGAAAUUGAAGGAGUGUGGAGCUUGGUGAAGUUGAGAAUCAAAUCUAUGAAGGGAGUUUUGCAUGACAAAAUUGAGGCUAUUUUAGACGAAUUUACAUAUCGUCAUAGAUUUGGGUUGUCAAAUGGAGAUGUGUAUAACAAGUUAAUAUCAGAUAUUGCUCAUAUGUAAUAUAAAUAAAAUGUGAAAUAUGAAUUUAUGUUCUAUUACA